GUUCUCUGUUUAAAUUCGAUGGUGAAGUGGUGCACAUCGGUUUUGGCAACGCCCACGGCGAGAUGUGCAAUCCGCCCUCGGCAAAGUGGGAGACUGGCGGCAGUUUCGCACCCCGUCUGACGCUUGUUCCACAGCCGGAAGAGGGUGGAGCGGGUUCUGAAGUUGGCCGACUGCCUGACGCCGCGGCCUCCGGGGACGCGAUUUUCGGCAGCAGCGAGCUCUCUUCCACCUCUACUGCUGCUCUUCGACGACUUGGCGCGACCACGGCAACAACGCCUCCGGCGCCACGACAUGCAGCCAGUCUUAACCAAGGUGGAAGCAUUGGCGGCGGCGCAACGAACAACUCCUGUGAAGAAGCCUUUUCCAGCUCUGGAAGCAACCAGGUUUCUGUUGACUCUGCAGACCGACACUUCAUGGUCGUAGUGUCGGAGAAGCACGCACAGGUUAUCGGAUUCCCAUCGAGAAACUGCUACAACAGGGUAAGCUGUCGAUCGAAUGCAACCUCGCAGUGCAUCCUUAAAAUGGAAAUAAACCACGCAUUUAGAAUCCAUAAUGGAGAGCCUGAACUAGUCAAACCAUAA